AUGGCAGAUCACCUCGUUCAGAAAGGCAUCAAGGUUAUCGCGGUCGGACGUAGGCAAGAGCGGCUUGACACGUUCGUCCAAAAACACGGCAAGGAAAGGGCCGGCGCUUUCAGAUUCGACAUCCGAGACCGGGAAAAUAUGGGCAAGUUUGUGCAAGACGUUACAGAGACCUACCCAGAUCUGGAUUGCGUCUUUCUCAAUGCCGGCGUUCAGAGCCCAAUCAAUUUUGCCCAUCCAGAAAAGGUCAAUCUUGCAGCUUUCCACUCGGAAGUGGCAGUCACUUUCUCAUCUUUUGUGGAUCUUACAGUCAAAUUUCUACCUUUCCUGAUGAACAAGAAAACAAAGACCAGCCUGAUAUUUACCGGUUCAAAUCUAGCAAUCAUUCCUGCCUCUCCCUUACCUGCCUACUCCGCUUCAAAAGCGGCACUGAGUGCCUUUGUUCUCUGCCUUCGCGACCAACUACGGAACUCCUCAGUUCGGAUCAUCGAGCUAUAUCCACCUCCUGUUCAAACUGAGCUACAUGAUUACAUGGGUGCUGAAAAGGGACGAGCACUAGGAAUGCCAAUCGACCAGUUUACGGAGGCUGCGUUUGAGGGACUCGCCUCAGGAAGUAAUCAAAUUGUCAUCGGAACGGUUGGCCCAGCAGAAAUCUUCAACGACAUCAUUGCCAAGCGGAGGGCGCUUUCUCAGGAUCUGGGAAAGACGUUGAGGGGAGAAAAUUAA